AUGUUCAAAUACUUCGCCAUUUUCGCUCUCUUGGCUGUUGCCCAAGCUGCUCCUGGUCAUCUGCUCGGUCAUCAUACCUUGGUCCAACCUGUUGUGUACUCAUCCCCCACCGUAGUUAAGACUGUGUCCACACCUGUAGUCCACUCCUAUGUUGCCACAGCCCCAGUUGUCAAGACAGUUGUCAGCCAAGUUGCCACUCCCGUUGUUCAUCAGUAUGCCGCUGCUCCAGUUGUUCAUCACUAUGCUUCCGCUCCAGUUGUAAAGACUGUUGUCCAUUCCGCUCCCUUGGUUAAGACUGUUCCAAUUGCCGUUUUUGCUCUUUUGGCUGUCGUUGCUCAAGCUGCUCCCGGUUAUGUGAGUCAUCAUAGUCAUACCUUGGUCCAGCCUGUUGUGUACUCGGCACCUCUUAUCAAGACCGUUUCAACACCCGUGGUCCAUUCUUAUGUGGCCGCCGCUCCAGUUGUCAAAACUGUCGUUACUCCAGUUUAUCACACCUAUGCCGCUGCUGCUCCAGUUGUCCACCACCAUUAUGCUGCCACUCCUGUUGUAAAGACUGUUGUCCACUCAGCUCCUCUGGUGAAAACAGUUCCCCUUGUCUAUGCCUCGGGUUUCCGUCAUUAA